UUCUUCAUGCAGUUAUUUCAAUAGGCCAACCUGCCUCUCUGUCGAACAGGCAACCGGUCGCCACUCGUCGUGCGAGUCCGCGUGGGCGCUGCCGCGACUCGCUGCCAUGCCGACUCCAACAGCUGCAUCAAGGGACCUCCAAAGAGAGUUCUCCUUGCUGAGGCAAGAGUUGCAAGCAGAUCUUCAACGGCUCACCGCUCGACUCGACAAGCUUGAGAACCGCUUCGAUGGACGGCUCCAACUGCCUACAGCCAACUUGGCCACUGCCCACAGCUCCGAUGCCUCUCCUCGGUCAGGUGAUUCCCCCAGCGAGAAUGAGAUGAAGAUUGAUGUCCAAAACACGGAUCUGUCAAUGGUACAGCUGUCAAUGGUGGUGAACAAUGGCUUCCCACCAUCCCAGCCGGAGAUUGAAGAACCUCAGGAUGAGCAGGACGGCUUGGUGCCUUUUGAAGAGAGUGCUUGGAGUUUUCCUUUGGUGGUCGGCUUGGCACCAGCGGGUCCAUGUGACGUGACCUUUGCGAUCAUCCUCUUGCUCCUCAAUUUGGGCAUGCAAGUGGCCUUCUCUGUCAUUAUCCUGGAUGAGAACUUCAUUGGAUCCCCCUUCACCGAUCACAUUGACAAUGCUCGACGAUGGCGUACGAGCAUUGCACAUGAUUACACACACAUGGAUUUGGCAAAGACCUCACUAGUGAGCCGGGUUUGCAGUGAGGAUGGUGCCUUGAUUCUGUCAACACCACAGGCGAAUUUGAUCCAACAGAUCAACAGCUUCUUGAGUUUGGGCCUGGAUCAAUUUCAGCCCGGCUUCUUUCAGGUGGGAUCUUUACUCUCCAUGCUUUGCAUCUUGCUGUGGAGCCUCUGUGUCUACAAGGAGUAUCGGAGCAUUUGGCUCACCUCAGAGGCUGUUUGGAGGAUCCCUCGCUCCAAAUGCACCCUCUUCCGGGACAACGAAUUUCAUACGAUUUCCACAGGUCGACUGAAGAUCUUACUCUUCACCUACGUGGCGCGAGCAGCCAUUGCAUCUCUGCUCCUGGGUGCAGGCAUUCGAUGGCUUGCGCAGACCACAUCCAUCUCCGAAUUGAUGUUGAACGCUGUCUCUCUGAACGCCAUCUUGGAUGUAGAUGAGUUCUUGUUUGCCGGCUUUACGCCGAUUUCCAUCCAGCUGGCGGUGCGAACGCUGGAGCCUUUGAAAAUGAAGUACAGCCGUCGUCGGAGUCAACUGGAAACCUGGAGUUUGUUUGUGUUGCUCGUGGGCACCAUCACUCUGCCAUACUUUGUUCUCUUGAAUCCGCUGGGUGAGCAGAUGGUCCAAGUGAAGCAUGAGCUCUGCGCCGGAAACCAGACCUUUGUGGUGGGACGAAGCACGGAGACGCAGAUGACGGUGGGACUGGUGACUCGGCAUCCCCAAGAGGCGUCGGAGCUCACGGUGACGGAGCUGGCAGUGGAGGAGCACAAGUUCAAUGGACCGAAUGAAGUGCCCUACUUGAUCAACUUCAUGGAAACGGACGUGCACUUCUAUGAGGCCCUCGGCCGAGACAUGGCCGCCGAAGUGAAGAACUGGGGGCUUUGCAUCGAGAAGGAGGUCCUAAUGCUUGGUGUUUUUUUCUACCAAGAUCCGCUGAUCACGCCUUAUUCAGAUCUCAUGCUUCGGCAAGCAGCGACCAGCCUUGGAACAGCAGAUGUGUCUCGAGGUUGUGCGGGUUUGAAGCACCUCUGCAACGAUCCCAAUGCACGCUUAUUGCGGAUGGUCUGUGGCCACACCUGCGGAUGUACUGAUCCUUUGGCCUCUGCAUGGCACAAAGUCACCGCGCAGGGAUGUAUCGCUGCAUGUUCACAGAUUGCCUUUGACGCGGCAGCUGCCACUUGCCAAGACAACAUUGAUUCGGAGAAUUGGGAGGUCUUUUGGAACUCUUAUCCAGAUGUCAUGACCGCCUUCUGGGGGAACAACGUGACGGAAUCCGCCGUCUAUCCGGUCAUGCUCUCGGUCGCAGACGCUAUGAAGUCCUCCGGAUGCUCCGCGUUGAUGGAUCCGCAAUGGCAAGCAGAGCCUGGGGUCAACCACAGAUGGUGUGAAGGUUAUCCUCCUCUUUGGCGCCCUUUGGCCUGGCAAUGCCCUGAAUCCUGCGGAUGCAAAGACAUUACGCCCUUGCCGGCGUACUGCCCCAGCCGUUGUGCAGCGACCUCCAAUGAGACACGAUGACGUCCCUGGAAACCAGACAAUGACGAUCUGGGUCCCUCAGGGAUUGGACGAACACUCUGACUGUGAUUUCUCCAACUGCUUUGACCUGCGAAGCAGGCAAAGGUUGGCGUGCAAAGACCGGGUUGUGCUGCAGAAAGAAACUGCAGGUCUGACUGCGGAACGGUAAGAUGCUCUCCUGCGUCCCAC